CUUCGGUAUUCAAGUCCUGGGACUGGGAGGGAGGAAGUGGAAACGACACCGUCUAAUUCUCCUGCAUCUUCCGGGAAGAUGGGAAGUCUCUUCAUCUCCUCCAUGGCGUUAUCGCUGAUUCCUCUUCGGACCCGUCUUACAAUACCCAGUUCCCGGUCAGCCCUUCGCUUGUUCACCCUCGGACCAUCGAAGAUUCGGACGAAAGUCGGAGCUUUUGAGGGUGAUAAGAGGGAGAGAAAGGAAUCGAUGUUCAUCGACGAAAAUGGCGCCAUCGAGGACAUGGAGGGUUACCUUGAUUACCUCUCUCUCGAAUACGACUCGGUCUGGGACACCAAACCCUCCUGGUGCCAGCCAUGGACGAUAACACUAACGGGCCUAUUAGCGGUGGCGUGUAGCUGGGCGGUUGUGCGUUCGGUCUUAGUUACAUCGCUUGUGGCUGGCUCCAUAGGCGCGUGGUGGUUCCUUUUUCUUUACCUGUACCCAAAGUCGUAUUCGGAAAUGAUUGCUGACAGAAGGAGAAGAGUAGCAGAUGGUGUUGAAGACACUUUUGGCCAAAAGAAGAACUUGUAAAUCUCUCUCUCUCUCUCUGUAAAAAAAAAGGGAGAGAAGAGAACUUUUACUGCAGUACAUUGUUAAUUCUCACCUUCAACACAAUGUGUUCUUCUGUGAAAAGAGCAGUUACCUAACUGAAGUAUUUCUUUGUAAAUUCAUUCUCUUUGAUACAAAAUUUUG